CCCCCCCCCCCCCCAACCCCCCUCCUCGAUUGGCCGAACCGGACCUGAUCCCAGCCGACCUGGGCCGGGGCCGCGGGGCUGUUCUGCGAGCCUUGUAUUGGCUGAAGUUGGCAUCCGAGAUGAGCGCCUGGGGACCCGGGAGCCGGGCUCUCUCUUCUCCGGGGAGAGGGUCCCGGUCGUGGCGGUGCUGCUGGUGGUGGGUGGUGGUCGUCAUCGGGGUGGCCGUGGGCUCGGGGGACCCGUGGAUGUCCGCGGAGGCAUGCCCCUCGUCCUGCUCCUGCAGCAGCACCAGGAUCUCCUGCGUGCACCCGGAGCAGAGCAUCAACGCCUUCCCCGUCCUGCAGAGCGAGGCGGAGAUGGAGAACAUCACCGACAUAUACAUUGCAAACCAGAGCAGCUUCUCCUCCAUCAGCGACAAAGACCUGCACGACUACAAGAAUCUCAGGAACCUAACGGUGACCAACAGCAGGCUGACCUACGUGUCGAAGCUGGCCUUCCAGAGCAACGUCAAGCUCCAGUACCUGAAUCUGAAAGAUAACAACCUGUCUUCUCUGUCCUGGGGGAUAUUCAAGCACCUCAACAUCUCCUAUCUGAUCCUUUCAGGGAACCCGCUGCACUGCUCCUGCGAGAACAUGUGGAUCAAGCUGUGGUUGGGAGAGGAAGCAGACUCUCAGGAGCUGCGCUGCAUUGAGGAUGGCGGAGGACGCAAACUCCUGUCCAGACUGACGCUCCCUAAAUGUGAGGUUCCCAUGGCAACGUUGAGCCCAUCCAAAGUGACUGUAAUGGAGGGGGAGAACGUGGAGCUGUCCUGUACGACGUCCGGCGUGCCGUCGCCUCAACUGAUUUGGGACAUGGUGCUCGUCACCGGCCAUGAGAUCGAGACGUCGGGACAGAUUUCGUUGCUGCGACUCUCCAACCUGUCAUCGCUUGAUCACAACAAGAAGAUCAGCUGCAAAGCCGAGAACAUUGUAGGAGAGAAGGAGUCCUCGCUUCUGCUCGAUAUACUCUUUCGUCCCAGAAUCACCAAACUGAGUGACGCCGUCUCAGAUCAUCACUGGUGUAUACCCUUCAGCGUGGCAGGAAACCCAAAGCCGAUACUGACGUGGUACUGGGAUGACAAGGUUGUGACGGAGGGACAGUACAUCACCACCAUGAUCCACGACAUCACGGAGAGAGAGUACCACGGCUGCCUGCAGCUCGACAGCCCCACGCACUUCAAUAACGGCCGCUACAUGCUGGUGGCUGAGAACAGGUUUGGGACGGACCAGAGGGAGGUGGAGGCUCACUUCAUGCAGAAGCCCUAUGAAGGGACUGAGAAGGAGCCAAUCUAUUAUGAUUUUACCACAGAGGGUCCCACAACGGAAACACCGGAAGACAGAGUUGCUGUGUAUGUGGUGGUCGGCAUUGCUGCUGUUGCCUUCACUGGUUUCCUACUCAUGCUGGUUAUUCUCAAAUUUGGAGGCAACUCAAAGUUUGGCAUCAAAGGGCCGUCUUCGGUGAUCAGCAACGACGAUGACUCAGCCUCUCCCCUUCAUCACGUCUCCAAUGGCAGCAACACUCCUUCCUCCUCAGAGAUGGGCCCCGACGCCGUGAUCAUCGGCAUGACCAAGAUCCCGGUGAUAGAGAACCCGCAGUACUUCAGGAGCACCAACAGCCUCCUGAAGACCGACACAUUCGUCCAGCAUAUUAAGAGGCACAACAUCGUGCUGAAGAGAGAGUUGGGAGAAGGAGCCUUUGGAAAAGUCUUCUUGGCUGAGUGUUACAACCUCUCCCCUGACCAAGAGAAGAUCCUGGUUGCUGUUAAGACGCUGAAGGAAGCCAGUGAAAAUGCCAGGAAGGAUUUCCACCGCGAGGCCGAGCUGCUGACCAAUCUCCAGCACGAGCACAUCGUCACUUUCUACGGCGUGUGCGUGGAGAGCGACCCUCUCAUCAUGGUGUUCGAGUACAUGAAACACGGAGACCUCAAUAAGUUCCUCAGGGCUCACGGUCCAGACGCGGUUCUGAUGGCGGAGGGUCAGACCACCCGGCCUGUGGAGCUCACGCAGUCUCAGAUGCUGCACAUCGCCCAGCAGAUCGCGUCCGGCAUGGUCUACCUGGCCUCACAGCACUUCGUGCACCGUGACUUGGCCACCAGGAACUGCCUGGUGGGUGAGAACCUGCUGGUAAAGAUCGGAGACUUUGGCAUGUCCAGAGACGUGUACAGCACUGACUACUACAGGGUCGGAGGUCACACCAUGCUGCCCAUCCGCUGGAUGCCUCCUGAAAGCAUCAUGUACAGAAAGUUCACAACAGAAAGCGACGUCUGGAGUCUAGGAGUCGUCCUGUGGGAGAUCUUCACCUACGGGAAACAGCCUUGGUACCAGCUCUCCAAUAAUGAGGUGAUAGAGUGUAUAACCCAGGGCAGAGUUCUGCAGCGCCCCAGGACCUGUCCCAAAGAAGUGUACGACCUGAUGCUGGGCUGCUGGCAGCGGGAGCCGCACAUGAGACUCAACAUCAAAGAAAUCCACGGCCUGCUCCUCAACCUGGCCAAGGCGUCGCCCGUAUACCUGGAUAUACUGGGGUGAACGCGGCCGGAGGACCACCGGGAGCGCUGGACGCG